UUCAGUCAUGAGGAUCCAUUGCCUUCUCUUCACUUUUCUCCUGGUGCUGCUGUCUCCACUUGCAGCUUUUAGCCAAAAAAUCAACAAUACAGUAAGUUGUUUGAGGAAAGGAGGCAAAUGCUGGAAUUGGUUCAUUGGCAAUACUCAUCAGAUUGGGAGUUGUGGAGUUCCUUUCCUCAAAUGCUGCAAGAGAUAAUAGAGAGGAAGACCAAGAUUCUGUGAACCAAAGAAAACACCAGAAUUUGUUCCUCCGUGAAGAUGGACAAAACUUAAACCAAAUUAAA